AUGGCUGCUAUACCUUUAACCAUCGCAGCUCCAGCAGCAGCAGCAGCAUCCCUCGCCUACCUCCGCGCCAAAACCAGCUUCCCUAGCGACUACUCCAUCCUCAAGGCCACCGUCGUGGGCGCACUCUACGUCAGAAGCUGCGUGAAAAACGACCGCGUCAACCUGUUCUACGAACUCGAGAAACACGCUUUGGACACAAAGACUUGCCAUCGCUCUUUCCUCGCCAUCCCGCCGCACAUUCCCAAAGAUGUUUCUACACCCGCAGACCUGGAAGGCUUGCAAGCGACGGAAUUGAGCUACAAACACGUCUAUGAGACGGUGUUGAAGUUUGCUGCGUGGUUGAAGCAAGAGCAUGGUGUGCAGAAGGGUGAUAUGGUUGCCAUUGACUUUACCAAUAAGCCUCAAUUUGUCUAUCUGUGGUUUGCACUCUUCUCGCUGGGUGCGAAGGCUGCGUUUAUCAACACAAAUCUGCGAGGAAAGGCUUUGUUGCAUUGUGUCAAGGCUUGUGAGGCGAGGCUGUUUAUCGUGGAUCCAGCUAUUGAGGAGGCCUUGACAGACGAGGUCAAGCAAGAGCUCGGUAGUUCGGUACGACCAGUCGUUUUGGAUGCGGUCACCGAGGGUUUGAUUCUCGCAGCAAAGGGAUUGAGAGUGCCUGAUGCAGAGCGAGGAGGUAACCAGAUGACCGAUACGGCAGUCUUGAUCUUCACCUCUGGCACCACAGGACUUCCCAAGCCAGCCGUGGUUCCUUGGAAGAAGUUUCUACUGUCUGGCAGAACCGUCAGCAAUUGGCUCGGUGUCAAAUCCACAGACAGAUACUACACCGCCAUGCCCCUCUACCACAGUUCCGCAACAAUCCUCAACAUUUCCGUCGUCCUCCACGCAGGCGCAACGACAAUCCUCUCCCACCACUUCUCCCCAAAAACCUUCUUCGCCUCAGCAACAGCCUCACGCGCAACAAUGAUGCAAUACAUUGGCGAAAUGUGCCGAUACCUCCUCAGCACCUCUCCCUCUCCUUUCGAUAAAUCUCACACCAUCCGCCAGGCAUUCGGCAACGGCCUACGCCCAGACGUAUGGCAAAACUUCAAAGAACGCUUCAACAUUCUCGAAAUCGCCGAGUUCUACUCUGCCACUGAAGCUGUAGGCGGCACUUUCAUCAAGAGCAAGAACAACUUUGGACUGGGUGCUGUGGGCAGAGCAGGAACAACAUUGCAAACGCUUAUGGGAAGUCAAACCGCAAUCGUCAAACACGACGUCGAAACCGGAGAACCCUACUGCAAUACCUCGAACCUCUGCGAAAGAGUCGAUCCAGGAGAAGCAGGCGAAUAUAUCAAUGCAUUGGAUCCAAACAACAUCCGCGACAAAUACGUAGGAUACUACGGCAACAAGAAAGCUUCGGAUUCCAAGAUUUUGCGUAAUGUGUUUAAGCAGGGAGAUGCUUGGUAUCGUUCUGGCGAUUUACUGCGCAAAGACGAUCAAGGCCGCCUUUUCUUCGUCGACAGAAUUGGAGAUACUUAUCGCUGGAAAUCCGAAAACGUCAGCACGAAUGAAGUCGCCGAAGCCCUGUCGACAUCCCCUCAUAUUGACGAGAUUAAUGUCUAUGGCGUAGCGCUUCCAAACCAUGAUGGUCGUGCUGGUUGUGCGGCUGUAAUGCUCAAGUCAACUCCUUCAGCACAAACACUCAAGGAGAUUGCUCAACAUGCAAAGGAAAAGAUGCCCAAGUUCGCGAUUCCAUUGUUUUUGAGAGUGGUCAAGGAGUUUGAGGUGACGGGUACGGCAAAGUAUACUAAACAUGGAUUGAGGGAACAGGGAGUGGAUCCGACGAAAGUUGGAGAGGAUGGCUUGUAUUGGUUGCCUGUGGGUGCCGAGGCGUAUGAGAAGUUUGGCAAAAGGGAUUGGGAUGCUGUGGUGGGUGGUGGUGUCAAGCUUUGA